CUCCUGCAGUUAUAAACCAGAAAUUGAGAGAUCUUUUCAGUGCAAUUCUCGGCACUAUCCUAGUGCACUGAGACCUACAGCAAAUAUGAAAGAUCGUGCCUGAAAGAAUGGAAAGUACGCUGAGAGUCAGGAACUGACAGCAGAAUGAAGAAAGCUGAGGGGGUUAAAAUAAUAAUAAUGCAGCAGUGGAAGAUAGGGAUGAGAUGGCUCUCUUAGUUCAUUGGCCGUCCCUGAGUAACAGAAAUGCAACUAUGAAUAAUCCACAGCCCCCGCGCUCAAGAAGCAGGAGUUUGGGAUAAUUAACACCGUUCACUCGGACCAACCAUUUACACUUCUGUGUGAAUCUGGACAGCAGCCCUUUCCCAGAGUAGAGAGAAAAGAGCGCCUGAACUCAUGGUACGAGCUUGGCGACGAUUGGGGUGGAGGGAAGGAAGAAACUUCCGUCCCUUCCUCUGCAGUUUAUAUAAAGACGUGCUUCGACCCCUGACUUCGCUGCAAGAGCCAACACUUGCCUAACUGUACCCAUCUCUUCCCACCCAGCCAUCAGCUUCCACAUUGCAACUUCUGGGCGCCUGGGAGGAGGAUGGGCGGGGUGAAGCAGAAGGGGCGGGGCCACCUCCUCUAGGCCCACGGACCCCACCCUAAGUCCCAGUUCACAUUACCGCGAGAACGUGGAGGGCCCCGAGCGGCGCACGCGCAGACCUGUCAAGCCCGCACUUCAGGUCCCGCCCACCUUCGCUGGCGGGAGCUCUGUUUGGCGUUACCAUGGAGCCUGCCCCGGCCGGAGGACGCUGCUUGUCGCCGGGGCAACCGGGAAGGACAAAGCUUGACCGAGCUGGCGGCUGCCACACCGGCAGCGAUGGUGUCUAACCCUGUGCAUGGCCUGCCCUUUCUCCCGGGCACGUCCUUUAAGGACCCCACGAAAACAGCUUUCCAUAGAAGCCAGACGUUGGGCUACAGGAACGGCUAUGCAGUUGUUCGACGUCCAACAGUUGGGAUAGGUGGGGAGCGGUUACAGGUCAACCAGCUGUCUCCAGCAGAGCUGGAUGAGUUGGCCAAUAAAGCACCAGUUCUAACUUAUGGCCAACCUAAGCAGGCCCCACCUGCAGAAUUCAUUCCAGCACAUGUAGCUUUUGACAAAAAGGUGCUGAAAUUUGAUGCCUAUUUCCAGGAAGAUGUUCCUAUAUCAAGCGAGGAACAUUAUAGAAUCCGUCAAGUGAAAAUUUACUACUAUCUAGAAGAUGAUAGUAUAUCUGUAAUGGAGCCUGUUGUUGAAAACUCUGGCAUCCCUCAAGGCAAGCUAAUCAAACGCCAGCGUAUACCCAAGAAUGAUGUAGGAGACCAUUAUCAUUGGAAAGACCUAAAUCGAGGAAUAGACAUAACCAUGUAUGGCAAAACUUUCCGAAUUGUUGACUGUGACCAUUUCACACAGGUAUAUUUGGAAAGUCAAGGAAUUGAAUUAAAUCCACCAGAAAAGAUGGCUCUUGAUCCUUACACUGAACUCCGGAAACAGCCUCCUCGUAAGUAUGUCACCCCAUCGGACUUUGAUCAACUUAAGCAGUUUCUCACCUUUGAUAAACAGGUUCUUCGAUUCUAUGCAAUCUGGGAUGAUACAGACAGUAUGUUUGGUGAAUGUCGGACCUAUAUCAUUCAUUACUAUCUAAUGGAUGGUACGGUGGAGAUUCGAGAGGUCCAUGAACGGAAUGAUGGGAGAGAUCCUUUCCCACUCCUAAUGAACCGUCAGCGUAUGCCCAAGGUUUUGACAGAGAAUGCAAAGAACUUCCCUCAGUGUGUGCUGGAAAUCUCUGAUCAAGAGGUGUUGGAAUGGUACACUGCCAAAGACUUUAUUGUUGGGAAACCACUCACUAUCCUUGGGAGAAAUUUUUUCAUUUAUGAUUGUGAUCCAUUUACUCGACAGUUCUACAAAGAGAAGUUUGGAAUUUCUGAUUUACCACGCAUUGAUGUGAGCAAGCAGGAACCACCUCCUGUAAAACAGGAAUUACCUCCUUACAAUGGUUAUGGAUUAAUUGAAGAUUCUGCUCAGAAUUGCUUUGCUCUUAUUCCAAAAGCUCCAAGAAAAGAUGUUAUUAAAAUGCUGAUGAAUGACAACAAGGUGCUUCGUUAUUUGGCUGCACUGGAAUCCCCUAUCCCAGAAGACAAAGACCGCCGAUUUAUCUUCUCUUAUUUUCUAGCCACUGACAUGAUCAGUAUCUUUGAGCCUCCUGUUAGAAAUUCUGGUAUCAUUGGGGGCAAGUACCUUGGGAGGACUAGAGUUAUUAAACCAUUCUCUGAGGCAGAAAACCCCAUCUACUAUGGCCCCAGCGACUUCUUCAUUGGUGCUGUCAUUGACGUGUUUGGCCACCGAUUCAUCAUCCUUGAUAUAGAUGAGUAUGUUCUAAAAUACAUGGAGAGCAAUGCUGCCCAGUAUUCACCAGAAGCACUCUCGUCAAUUCAGAACCAUGUCCGAAAGCAAGAAAUUCCUGCACCAGAACUAGAGAACAAGCAAGCUAAAGAGGAGCCAGGCAAGCAGGAACUGGAAGCCUUAAUUGACACAGUCCAGAAGCAACUGAAAGAUUAUUCAUGCAAAGAUAACAUACAUGAAGCAUUUCAAGCUCAUGACAAGGAAGCAUUAGGAUAUGUGGACAGAGAGAUGUUCUUUAAAAUCUGUGAAUCCUUUAACGUCCCAAUUGAUGACUCCUUGGUUAAGGAGUUAAUCAGGAUGUGCUCUCAUGGAGAAGACAGAAUUGACUAUUAUAACUUUGUUCGUGCUUUCUCAAACUGAUCUGGCUGAUGAGAGAAUACAAUAUAAUUUUUUUUAUGUUGGAGCCACAAUUGGAAAUAUAUCUUGUAGAGCUCCUGAAGUUAUAUUUCUUUUUUGAUUAUAUUUCACUUCUCCAAAAAUCUCAAUUAAAUUGGUUUUUAUAGGA